AUGGCGUCUCUGCCCGACGCCAGCACCUUGACCAGCUUGUCUGCUGAGGAGCAGAGAAGGGUCCUCGAUGCCCUCUUCGAGCCGAGUCCCGCGAUUCAUGCACUUAUCCUACCUUCCAUAUCAGCUGCUUCGUUUCAAACCUACGACGAACUCAUCACGCAUUGUUACAAGAUCUUUGAAGCGCUGACGGCCGACCCGUCUCAUAAGACAGAACUGUACUCUAUCAUUAGCUCCCACCCACGACUUGGUGCCAAGAAGGUGGAGAGUGCUCAGUCUGCUGCGGAACAGGCGCAGCUACAGAGCGGAGAUGCAACCGAGCUGGCUGCCCUGAACGUCGAGUACGAGGCGAAGUUCCCGGGUCUGCGUUAUGUCGUCUUCGUCAACGGCAGAGGACGUCCAGAAAUUAUGGAGAAUAUGCGAGAACGUAUUUUACGUGACGACUUGGCUUCAGAGGAGCGCGCGGCUAUACAAGCCAUGUGCGAUAUUGCUAGAGAUAGAGCUGCAAAGCUUCAAGCCACCUCGCGAUGA